AUGGUUUCGAAGCCUUUGAGAGAACUACGGCUCUCAAUAAUCGGUGAUAAUGACGAGAAGUUACAACUGUUGAGGAGCUCAGAGGACAUGGACUAUCUCUUUUCAGUGCUUCAACAUGCCAUUGAGUCUGAAGACAUGCUCGGGAAGGAUGAGCAGCUGGAACUGCACCAGGUUCUGAUCAUUUUGUACUCCCUCACACUGUAUCCAAUGGCCAUCAACAGUCCAAGGUUGAAAACCGAACUUCUUGCCAAAUUGGCAAACAUUGCUAUUAGACGCCAUUCAGAAGGCGAUGGCACUAUCUUAUCGCUCGUGUGUCAAGUGAUGACGAAUGUUAUGUCCAGAUUCAAUGAGGUCCAUCUCGAUGUGUACGAUGGUAACAGUGUGUCCUUUGUUCAGGUUCUCUACGAGAAGCUGGUCAACUUUGACAUUGAUGAUCCUUAUCUCUUACACAUCUUAGCCCUGGUACCUCAUUUGCAUCCCUUGGAGUACCAGGGCCUUGUCAAGCCACUCGUAUCAGCGUUGAACUUUGUUGCUAAAGACAGCCUGGGACUGAUCUCUUCCAGAUAUGCGGAUUUGGAUGUUUAUAUCCAAUGCUAUGACCAUGAAGUUUUGCCCAGUUGUCUUGACCUUUGUGCCAAUUCCGAAUCCACGGUGAGACUGUUAAGUCUAUUACUCUUUUCUCUAUGUCAUUUGCUAUACCAAGACCAAGAUCUCAUAAAUAAGAAGGACCAAGCGAAUGAAGUGGAGAAUAUCGUCGACCCUAUUGACGGCGUGCUAUCCAAAGAGGUUUAUUUCAUGUUGACAUGCUUCCUAAAGGGAGCUAAGAACUAUGAACUCAAGCUCAGUUGCAUCUCAACAUUGAUGAACUUUUCAACACACUCUCGUUUGAACGAACAGUCCAAGCAUGCAAACAUCCGUAAGCUCUUACCUAGUUUAAUUGAGCUGAUAAAAUUGGAUGAUGAAGACGGUUCACACGAAGAAGUUCAUUACAAGAAACAACCAAGUUGGCUGAGAAGACGGUAUAACCCAUUUUAUCUUCUUUCCAAAUUAUGCCUUCAAUUUGAAUUUGUCAAUGGCUUCCUGUUCGACUGUAAUCUGAUCCUCAAGUUCUGUGAUAUCAUUGAUGAAAACUUUAUAAAGCUGAAGUUUGACGAUGCCGAUGAGUACGAGCUGAACAAGUUAAGUGACGUGUUCCUCAUAUUGAGCUCUGUUACGUCAAAGAAUGAGGUCAAUCGUAAAGCUGUAUUGGAUGACGACUUGGUCAAUAUGAUUGAACGAGUAUUAUCAUUCCACGUUGUCAAUUUAAAGAAAUUUGAUCAGGAAGCCAUUGGUGAAGAAGAGAUGGCCGUAUCUAACCAAUUGGCACUUUCAACUUGCUACCUCUUGAGGUCUUUAUCACGUUCCGUCUCUAAUUUAAGAACCUAUCUGAGUGAAAUGGAUGUCAUUGCGAACAUGUUGGAUAUACUACAGUUCCAGAUUUCAAAAAGAACCGACGUAAGCUCGAGUAUCUUGAAAGGUGAGAACUUGUUGAAAACCGUUGUACUGUCGAUCUGUGCCAACUUGGUUUUGGACUUCAGUCCAAUGCGGAAGAAGUUGUUGAGCUGUGAAGGUGAUAAAUUCUUGAAGAUUUUGGGUGAUCUGUUGAAUGACUCUCAAGGAAGCGACGAGAACAAUGACGUUGAUAAUGACUCCAUUUUGAUCAACUCAUUAUACGUUGUACGCCAUAUAUUCUACCAUGAGAAGGACCUGGACGUGCUCAACAAAGUGGUAUCGAUGAUAGGGUACGAUGGCCUCAUCAACUUGUGCAAGCAUCGGAACGUCAAAGUUGGUGAACAGGCGUUGAACGUGUUGAGAAACUUGACAUGUCACGAUUCACAAAUGAAAGCUGUAUUAGAGGCACUAAAUACGGACGAUGCGUUCUUCCAAUUCCUACAGCAGGAACUUCGUGAUAAGAUACUACGAAAGGAGAACAACAUACUGGAAUGCCUCGUGUACAUCAUUGUUAACGUUUCGGCUAUUGAUGAGGAGAGAAGGGAUUUGAUUGUUCAACACCCAGAGAUCUUAAGGGCUAUUUACGACAUCUUGAGCACCACGAAGAACGAGUCGUUGACGGUUGCAUGUCUAUGGGUGGUGAUUAACCUCGGCUGGCUGGAUAACGUUCAACAGAGAUCAGGUGAAAGCAUGAACUUCUUCCAAUCUAUGGGCAACAGUAGUAACGGUGACCCAGCUGUUGGCGGGCGCAGCAGAGUUCUGAAGGAGAUGGGAUUCACGCUACUCAUACGCAGAGUGCUAGAUGAGACUGAAUCGCUGGAUGUUAAAGAGAGAGGAAGCAUUGCACUGACAAACCUCGAGAGAUAA